CACGUAACAAGUGAAGCGGGCCCGGGAGCAACAGUCUGCCGCAGCCCGGCCACGCGGCCUCACACACCACAACAAGUGUCGCGCCCCGGUUCGGAUCGUGCUGACCGCGUAACCGUGUGUUCGAGCAGUGACACUUCAAUUGGUCCGUAACGGCGCGUGUGUAAAAUCAGUGCAGUCGCGGUUUCAAAAACAUAAGUGCUAGUUUAGUGUGCAAAUGUCGUGUUUCGGAGGCAGCGUGUUGAUUCCGGACUGAUCCGCGGCGGAGAGCGGUAGUGUGCGGUGCAGUGAUGUGAGUGCAAGUGCAGCGGACACAGACAAAGCGCCACCAUGCUGCCUACAAAUGUGAUGUCCUUCAUGAAAAAGAUGGUGGCGACGGAUGAGACCCCGAACGCCGUCACGGGACAAAUAGACACGCCGGGAACAUUCGGGAAGCUGCGCCAGACCCUCUCCUCGUCGCUACUCACCGCUCAAGACAAAGUCACAAAGCUUGGGCCAAGGCAGGGGGCGACAGAGAACGCCCCGGAGCCCGCGCCGGCGCCGCCACCCGCGCAACCGCCACCCCCCACACAACCAGCAAAGACUGAACGAGAAGCAGGCAAAGCCCCGUCGAGGGCUGGAGCAUGCCGCGUGUGCCUGAAGGCAUUGAAGCCGGGCGAGGUGUUCCACACCUGCAACGGCUGCCAGCACCGCGUCUGCGAGGACUGCUCCUCCUACUCCAAGCCGGCCAGUGACGAGGAGGCGAGUUCAUGGCGAUGCUCCGUCUGCCGCCGCAAAGCGGGACCACGGCUGCCUCCGGCGGCGCAGGACAGCACGGACUCUCUGCUCGAGGUGCCGGUGCUGGACGCACUGCAGAGGCGGCACUCGGAGGCCCGGCUCGGCAGCGGGGGCUCCAGCGCCGGCCUCGCGCCGCCUCGCUCGCCCGAGCUCCGUAGGCACUCUGACGUGUCGCCCGCGUCACUAAAAGAACUAGAAAAGUUAAAGGGCGGUGGCAGCACGACGCCAGAGGUCGGUUCACGGCGGCCCAGCACGGUGACGCCGGCGCGAAGGCGCUCCGUGCGCGCGCCGCGCCAGCGCUCCUGCGACGAGGACCAGCCUGCGCCCGGCCAGCAGGGCCUGGCUGCUGCUCCGCCACCCAUCUCUAGGAGAGCGUCUGCUGUAGACGUUGUAGCCGGAGCACAGUCGCGGCGCGGAUCAUACAGGACAGAUGACGCCGAGAAAAAGGACGGCUCGGCGCCACAAAUCACUGGCCUCAGCGUCGACGAAGAUCGGCCUAUCAGGCGUAGGGGCAGUCAAUUGCCAGAUAUAGCCGCAUUACAACAACGUACGGGUGCUCUAAGUGCCAUGGCGGCUCUAGCAUCGCGCGGUUCCGACAGCUCCGAGCCUUCCGCCGCUGCAGCCGCUGCCGCCGCUGCUGCCGCCGCCGCCGCCCGGCAGAUGUCCGUCGACGCCGAAGCGAUCAAGAUCGUCAUCCAUGACGUAGAUGACCGCUCGCCCAGGCGCGUGUCGCUACGACGCGAUCCUAAUGAUAAGGGUCACAGAUCUAGAGGUUUUGGAAUGAGAGUGGUAGGCGGCAAACCAGACGCCAGCGGCCGUCGUGAGGCUGUUAUAGUGUGGACUGUGCCUGGGGGACCCGCCGAUAUUGCCGGAUUACAACAGGGAGACAAGGUUUUAGAAUGGGGCGGGGUCCCCCUAACAGAGCGCAGCUUCGAAGAGGUUUGCGCGGUGCUGGAGCGCGGCGGCGACAGCGUGGAGCUGCUCGUGGAGCCGGCGCCGGCGCACGACGACGCGCCCGCGCCGCCCGCGCCCACGCAGCACCACCACCACGCGCUCUACGUAUUAAUUACCUGCUGCACCAUCAUUCUUUCAAGUCUUUCUCUUCAUCAAGACCUACGAUACGACGAACCGGAUACCGACAAAUCGCCAUCGUCGCCGACCCGACGGAAAUUGCCGAAAACCCCGGAGCAGGAGCGCGCGGAGCGGGCGCGGGAGAGGCCGGCGGCGCGCGCGCAGCUUCAAGUGUGGUUCGAGGGCGAGCUGCGCAAGCUCGUGGUGGUGCUCAUCGCCGCCGACGACCUGCCGCCGCGCGACCACACGCUCGGCUACGGCGACGAGCCGGAGGCCUUCGCGAGGAUACGCCUGCUGCCCUCUCUUGAGAGCUGCCCCCCAGUGGAGACGGACCCGGCGUCGGCGUCGUGCAGCCCGGUGUGGAACGCCACGCUGGGCUUCGGCGGGCUGACGGCCGACCUGCUGGCGGGCCGCGCGCUCGAGCUCACGCUGUGGGACGCCUGCCCGGGCAUCGACCCCGUGCUCAUUGGCGAAUGCACUAUGGAGCUAGAAAAGGCAUUCGCAGAAGAACGCGCGGUGUGGUGGACGCUAGAGGAGCGCGGCACUCGCUCGGCCAGCGCGUCGCCGCGCGGCUCGCUCACGGGUGCGCGCGCGCUGCGCCGCGGCGACUUCGCCUCGCAGCGCUCCGUCUCUGAUUCAAUCGGGGAGUGUGCGUCGCUGCUGCACCCGGACCACGCGUGGGUGGGGGGCUCGCGCCGCGGCUCCUCGCAGUCCGAGACCCUGGAGGUCGAGGUGUACCAGCUCGGCAAGGACUUCUCGCGCUCGCUGCCCGGCUCCCGCCGCUCCUCCUUCCAGCAGCAGGAGAAGGGGACGGCGACGGGGCGCAAGGGCAGCAUGUGGGCGGCCGUGCCGGCGGCGGGCCACGAGGCCAUGACGGCGGACGAGGAGGACCAGGUGCCGCUGGGGCCCGGCCAGCUGCCGCCGCGCAACGCCAGCCUGCCGCCGCUGCACGCCGAGAUCAACAUCAGCAUCCUCAUGAUCAAGGGGCAGCUCGAACUAGAGGUAUCACAUGCGCGACGCGUGUACGGGGUCAACGGCGAGGUCCCAGAUUCGUACGUGAAGUGCUACCUGCGGGACGGCGAUAAGUGGCUCCACAAGCGCAAGACGCGCGUGGUGCGUCGCACUACGGAGCCACACUUUAAGCAAACACUGAAGUACCAGGCGAGUGAAGCACUCGGCCGCACGCUAGUCGUGAUGCUGUGGCAGCGCUGCGGCGGCUUCGAGCACAACCUCGCUCUGGGCGGCGCGGAGAUCUGCCUCGACAACCUGACGCUGCCGCAGCGCACGUACGGCUGGUACCCGCUGUUCCCCGCCACGUCUCUGGCGGCCGACGAGUCGCCCGACUGAUCGCGCGAGCCGUCGCCGGAGCGCCGCGAAUACUAGCGCCUCCACGACGGCUCACGAUGCGAUGCUGCCCCUAUACCCUAACUCGUUUUGCGCCCACGAUGCUGCACUGCGCUCCGUCAUCAGUCCCAACGUAAUGAUUGUAAAUAAUUUUAAUACUAGAUGUCAACUAG